ACUCAUUGUCGCCCCAAGUGGCCAAAAAGAAUGAAUGCAGAAUUAAUUUUGUGUCUGUUAUGAAUAGGAAGUCUCAAACUUUAAAUUCAUGUCUGUUUUUUGGGUGCAAUUUGUGCUUCCUCUUUUUUUCUUCAAAUGUACAUAUUUUGAGUGAAUGAUUGUGUGUGAAUGAACCUCAUCUAUUUUGUUUUGGUCAGUCUUUGGACCUUGCUGUUUAAAGUAACUAUAUAAAGUCCUGAUAACAAGGAAUGCAAACAGUCCUCACUAAGGUCAACAUUGCUGUGAGGCGUGAAGAGGAGUAGAAAGGCAGCCUUCUUACUGCCUGCUGAGUAAAUACAGCAAAUAGUGUUCCUUUUUACUGUCUAAUCCUACAGUACUUCUACUGUGUGUUUGUGUACAACUCACCAUGUUGUUAUGUGUUGUGAAGUUGUACAAAUAUAUUGAUUUAAUAAAUCAAAUAAUUGCAUUUUAAAAACGUAUUUCAUGAUCUGUGUGUCUGCAGUCGUGGUUUAUAUAUACACGAUUGAGAUAUCUGAAUAUGUAUCCUACCACCAAUAAGGACCAAAUUAAAAUCUAGUAAAUACGAAGGAUUUUUAAACAUGCAUUAGUGUCGACCCUUUCCUCUUGAGCUCAUGCUACAAUACUUGUUUAUCGUCCAAGUCCGGCUGUUCCCUGCAGUUCUGUACAAGGGGAGGCGGAGGGAGGCGGGGUUCGCUCCGCCUCUGGACUCACUGAUUGGUUUAGCUGUCAUGGCGUCGCCCCCAGAUUUCCCCUUUCUGGCCAAUGUGAGCAAAGCCCUUUCUGUACCCUCUCUACUGUAUUCAGAUGCAUGCCUUUGUGCACCAUUUCGACGCAAAGCUAAUGGCCUCGUAGCAAACCCUCUCCAAACCAUUCAGUGCUCGUAACGGGAACAGGGCAGCCCACCUUGUUCACUCACACAGCUCGUUUUCCAAAUGCGUCCGGGACUGGCGGGUAUCGCGGUGGAGAUGCUGAGCGGCGCGACCUGCGGGCUCAGGCCGAGGCUCGACAGCCUCCUACUGGCCACCCUCACCAAAACAGUGCCGCCGAUGUCAGGCGUCGGGAGCCGCAGGUUUCGGUCCACGUCCUCGAUGCAGGACUUCUCGGAGAUGGCGAGGGAGCGGUCGAAGACUGUCACUUCGUUUUACAACCAGUCCGCAAUCGACGUUUCUGCAGAAAAGGCCUCGGUUCGACUGACCUUAGCAACCCUGCUGUAUUCUGGGAAGUCUCCUGAUGGGCACCACAUUCUGAGCAGUGCCAAGUACCUGCACAAGGAGCUGCCUGUGCGAAUCGCCCAUCGCAUUAAGGGCUUCCGCAGUUUGCCCUUCAUCAUUGGCUGCAACCCCACCAUUCUGCAAGUGCAUGAACUGUAUAUCAGAGCCUACCACAUGCUCAUUGACUUCCCCCAGAUCCAGGAUCAGGACGCCGAGGCUCUAUUCUGUAAGCUGGUGCAGCAGCUUCUGGAUGACCACAAAGACUUGGUCACCAUGCUGGCCCAGGGCUUCAGGGAGUGUCGCAGACACAUCCAGGACGAGGCGAUCAUACGCAGCUUCCUGGAUACGACACUGUGCUCUCGCCUGGGGAUCCGAAUGUUGGCCACGCAUCACCUCGCCCUUCACGAAGACAACCCUGAUUUUGUUGGGAUCAUAUGCAGACGUCUCUCCCCCAAAAAGAUAGUCGAGAAGUGGGUGGACUUUGCCAGGCGUCUUUGUGAGCACCAGUAUGGUAACUCGCCCAGAGUGCGGAUCAACGGACACGUCGCAGCUCGCUUCCCAUUCAUCCCGCUGCCUCUGGAUUACAUCCUGCCCGAGCUCCUCAAGAACGCCAUGAGGGCAACCAUGGAAAGCCACUUGGACACCCCAUACAAUGUACCCGAUGUGGUCGUCACCGUUGCCAAUAACGACAUUGAUUUUGUCAUCAGGAUUUCAGACCGCGGCGGCGGCAUCCCUCACGAUAUUAUAGACAAGGUGAUGGACUACCACUUUAGCACGGCUGAGGAGAGUGCACAGGACCCCCGAAUGAGCAACUUCUUCAACAACAUUACAAACAGUGGGAAUCAGUCCAGCCCCAUGCAUGGGUUUGGUUUCGGCUUGCCCACGUCCAGGGCCUACGCCGAGUACCUGGACGGCUCCCUGUCCGUGCAGUCCAUGCAGGGCAUCGGCACCGACGUCUACCUGCGUCUGCGCCACAUCGACGGCAAAGGAGAGAGCUUCAGAGUGUAAAGCUCCUCCUUGGAGAUCCCAAACAAGGAAUGGGGCCACACCGAGGGCUCCCCCACCAGGGAAGCUGACAUGAACUACAGGACCUUGUGAUAGCCUACACCCAGUAUUUUGUCAGAAACCUCCUAAAUUCACCAACCCAUGAUUUUUUUUUUGCCUUUUAGACUGACUAUAAGCUAUGUUAGCUCUCAAGUUGAUAAUAUCAGUUGUUUUUCUAUCGCGUUUUGUUCCCCGUGGCGUGUGAAUGUUGAAGGUCAUCGGGACAAACUGGACGGUAGUGGACAUUGAUGUUAAUAUGGGAGGAAGGAAGGAAGCAAGCAAGGAAGGAAGGAAAGGAAAAAGAGCUUCAGUUUUAAAGAAGCUCACUUUGAAGUUACUUGUCGCAUAGCCUCGCAAUAAGUACAGAUGUUUUGAUGAUUUAAUGUUUCAAAUGAAACUCCCGAGACACUCCAGCAACCCUGUCAUAAUCAACGGUCUGUAAGUACAACCUACGUGGCCUCAGCAUGCGCUGAACACCUCAACUCUUGACAAACCAUCGCGAUAUUCUACAAAUCCGUCUUGAGUUCAGCUCCAGAAAUACAAUAAGAAAACGGCAAAAGCUCAUUAAUUUGGUGGAGCUUUCAGGCGGGAAGCCCCCCGAGGUGUUCAGUGGCCUUACUGUGUGACGUAGUUGUUCAAACCGCUCGCCCCGCCCUCUUUUCUUUUUGCUGCCUUUAUCAGUUCACACAGACGCUCGCUGUCUAUUGUCUCACUUUACCCGAUCAAAACCUGUACCUAUGAUAGCAGCCCCCUUGACUAACAAAGUAACAAUAUACCAGAGACGUAUGGUCCUCCUUUUUUUCAUUUCUUUUUUCUUUUUAGAAAGCUUGUUUGAGUUUGCUGUGUUUUUUUGAAAAUAUUUUUGUACAAGAAUACAUUUCAAGAUGGGUUAAUUUGCACGGUUUCAAGAGGAAAGUUUGAAUAAGCUAGGUUUCUCGUCUUUAUGAAGGUCAAUUUACUCCAGAUCACAACUUGACUGACAUUUGCUUGAGAUGCCUUGUAUCUUUUUAUCAUGAUACCUGAAACAUCUCAUCUGUCCAAAUCGGUUUUAGUCAUUCCUCAUUUUUCUUGUGAAAGUAAAUCGUUCAUGAUCACAGAUCAAAUUGGCUCUCAAACGAAAAAACAUUUAAGUUGUGAUCACAAAAAUAAUCAACGAGCAAAGCCCUGGACUUUCUGAUUUUUCAGUUUGAGUUGUACGAGUCAAACGAUACAGUUCAGAAAAAAACUGAAGCCAAGUCACGACAUUUUAUCACCUCAAGCACUCCUUGCCUUUUGUUGAACAUUCCACAGUCGAGCAACAGAUCAGCCAGAAUCUUCAUUUGGAGUAUUUAUCUUUUUUUAUUAUCAGAUAGGACAUCGUGAAGAUGGGAAAUGUAUGAACUUUGUUAACCAACAUUUCAUCCUGAAGCUUCAAAAACUUCACAUUCACAGACAGUGGGGAAACUGAGACACUUUAGUUUUUUUUGUCUUUUGAAAACCGAUAAAUGUUUUUUUUUUAUACCUUACAAAUCCAGUAACUUGUUCACUUGGAUUUGCACUCGCAACAAUAUGCAAAAUGACUUUACAUAGAAAUGUUCCUUGAGUUGAGAUGUUUAAAACACGAGUGAACCAGUUAUUUCUGACGUAAGAUAUAUUGUAAACAUAAUCAAAUUUCAUUUGUAAAAGGCUUGUAUUUAUUGAAACGAAACAAAAAACCCUGUCUAAUUGACUGCUCCAGAUUAACAGAAUGGCUUCUAUUAUCUGAACUUGUAUUUUUGCCGGGGUUGUCUAUCAAUUAAUGUGUUUAUUGUUGUUGUAGUGUGUAUAUAGUUUAUGCAUGUAAAGCAAACAGGGGAGUUAAUGCCACAUAGCUGCCAGACUACGGUUUCAAGGGGUUAAGGUGGAUGCAGUGAUCCUUUUAGUUUUAGAAGGGGAAGAGGAUGAACAAAUCAGGUCAUUUCUAUUUUCCUGGUUUCCAAUUUUGUAAUUUUUGCAUAGUCAACCACAACAACAAAUAAUCAUCUCCAAUACAUUGCCAAAUAUUGGAGUCAAGUUACUGACUAAACCUGCUGCCAUGGAGUGUUUUGUCUCCUAGACUGAAUUGGGUUUCAAACCUCUUUUUUUUCCCAGUUGUGUUUUGUGACUAGAUAUUAAAUUUGACUUGGUUGGAACUUUUAA